GAAAAUUGUGUGCAGCAAAUUGGUGGGGGUGGCGGGUCUUUCAGCACGUGAUGUAUGCCAUGGUUCUCAGGCACCAGGUGAUAUAAUUCAUUCAUUUCCGAAUGAGGUUAAAAUAUGAUAGUAGCACCUCUCAGUCCCUUCAAACUAAACGAGAAGGGCUAAAAAGAUAAGAAUUCACCAGCUGUCCACCAAUCCAAGGCAGUUCAGGAUACACCAUCAGUGUUACUUGAAUUCGCUGCACAAUAUACUAUCAUAAUUAGUCAUACAGCAUUCGAUUUCUCGGCAUAACGCACCUAAUGCAUCAUUCGAAUGGAUCGUCGCUGAUCGGCCGGCUAGACCGGGUUCGCCGUAUACCUUAUCCAAGUUCCAACUUUUACCUGAAUUUCUGCAGAACGAGCAAUUCAACAAACCGAAAAGCAAAGAAUUUUAGGAUAUUUAUUCGACUCGUGCCUGGUUCAAUAGUGAUAACAGAUUUCGGUCUGCUACAUCGAUUCAUCCGAACAUAUCCUUGACAAGUCGAUCAAUUCUCGAACUCAGGUAUAUACAAGUAGAUACUUUUUGAAUCGGCACUGUCAUCGGAAGUUCGGCGACAAUCAACCGCCGAUAACAAUAUACGGAACCAAUAAUAUCCAAAACUCUCUUCGAAUUUUUGAUCCUACGGAAAAUAA